AUGCAUGAUGCCCCUUUGACUGCCAAUGACUGCUGCUACGCCAUCAAACACACUGCUCGUGGGAAAUCGCCGGGUCCCGAUGGCUUGCCGGCUGAGUAUUACGACCUCUUUCCCAGCCAGUGGGCUUUGGUAAUGGAACUUGUUUAUGCUUCCCAAUACCGGAAGGGAUAUUUCAAAAGUUAUCGUCCGUUAGCUUUACUAAACCAAGACGCCAAGCUUGGACCCAAGGCUUUAGAUUAUCUCCUCAAUCAUGUUUACCUUACCUACUCGGUGUAA